CAAGGGUCCCUUGGAUUCACAAUCAAAACACAUUGUCGACUGACCGGCUGUUAGAUAAGCAGUUAAUAUCGAUAAAAGUAUUGUAAAAUUCUUCUCAACAGCUGUCAAUAUGAGUAAAGUGAAAAUUGGCAUCAUUGGUGGAUCAGGCCUUAAUAAUCCAUCGCUGUUUGAGGAGACCAGUGAAUGCACUGUUCAGACACCCUAUGGAGAUCCCUCUGACGUUCUGCGUGAAGGCCUCAUAAAUGGGGUACCGUGUGUGCUGCUGGCAAGGCAUGGCAGGAAACACACCAUUAUGCCAACCAAUGUGAACUACCGAGCCAACCUAUGGGCACUAAAGGAAAAGGGUUGCACACAUGUUGUUGUGUCGACAGCAUGUGGUUCGCUGCAAGAACAUAUCAAGCCUGGGGACUUUGUAAUCAUUGACCAGUUCAUUGAUAGAACUACAAAGCGUCAUCAGACUUUCUAUGAUGGUGCUGAUAACCACCCGCCAGGAAUUCUUCACCUUCCCAUGGACACUCCCUUUUGCGGAGACACUCGCAAGCUACUCCUUGAAUCAUGCCAGGAGUUAGGAUAUACUGCACAUUCUACAGGCACAAUGGUGACCAUUGAAGGCCCCAGAUUCAGCAGUAAAGCAGAGAGCAAAAUGUUCCGCCAGUGGGGUGGUGAUGUUAUCAAUAUGACAACAGUUCCUGAGGUUGUGCUUGCUAGGGAGCUUGGCUUGCUUUAUGCUGCAGUUGCAAUGGCCACUGACUAUGACUGCUGGAGAGAGGGUGAGGAGGUGGUCAGUGUGGAGAAAGUCCUCAAAACUUUCAAAAUGAAUGCUGAAAAGGCAACCAAGGUUCUGAAGACCGUAGUUUCCAAAAUUGCAGCCAAUGACUGGACAGAGAAAAUUUCAACAACAACAAGUGCCGUGAAGAGCAACAUAAUGCUUGCACAGUGAAUUAUAACAAGGAGAGAAGAGAAUUGUCACAGCUACAAAUUCCUUGACCAUAUGUAUGACAGAAGUUCCUGACUUGAAACUAUCAGAGACAUUGAGAAACACAUCAAAGUAUUAUUUUUUUUACUGAGUUAAGGAUGGAAAGUAAUAUAAGUGGUCAAAGAACAAUAUUUGGAGAAUGAGUAAUGCACCCUCAUCCCCAGCAUCACUUUGCAGUUUUGCAGUGCUUUAUCAGUAGAGCAUGCUGAGUAAUACAGGUGUGAUUUGCUAUGCUAUUCUAAAAUAACCAUAAAUUUAUAUUAAUAGAAAAUGAAACAAUUAUAGCAUAUCCAUAGACACACAUGUAUGCACAUCUGAUUUGUUGAAGAUAUAUUAAAUUUGAAGUAUAUUUUUAGAAUAUUUUUAAAUGGAAAUUAUAGACCAGUAUUUUUUUAUAGAAUUUUGUUACAUUACAAUGUUGAUAAUUUGUUUUUAGUUUAAUUAUAAUGUAUAUCUUAAUAGAUUAUGCUGCCUAGAACUGCAUGCUCUGAUUGUUAUAUUGACUAGUAAAAAAUCCUGUAAAUA